AUGCGCGUCACAGCUCUGAGAUACGCGCUGCGUCGAGGACCGCGCCAGACGCCGCACCAGACGCCACGCCAGACGCUGCUCUGCCGGCGAGGCCUGCACCAGUCGUCGCGGUUCGAGGACACGUCGGUCGCCGCGGUCAACGCCUGGCUCGCCGAGCCGCCGAGCAAGCCGACGUGGACGAUUGCCGGCGCCUGCGCGGCGCACGACGUCUUUGAUCUGAACGCGGACGUCGUCGUUGCGGUCGACGAGGGAGACGAGCCGUGCGAGCCGUGGGUCGCGGCGACGCGCAUCGCCGUCCCGGAACCGCCGGUCGCGCUGGGGAGCGGCGCCGCCGACGCGCUGCCCGACGAGCUCGCGGACGAGGCGCUGCUCGCGAUGGCGCCCGAGCGCCUGACCUUCGCGUUGUGCGGCGUGGGCACGGCCGAGACUGUCUUCGAGCGGCUCGAGAGCCUCUUCCCGGGCGCGCGGGCCGUGGCCUGCGCGGCGCCGGCCGUCGCGCGGCAGCGGCGCGGCGCGGGCGAGGAACGGCUCGUCGGCGCGGUGUUUACGGAUUUGCUGGACGUGACGCCGCUCGCGCGGGCGCUGGCCGAGUUCUCGUUGGUACCUGAGUGGAAUCAAAUUUCGGGCGCCCUACGCCAUCGACGCGAUGUGCUUCCGUAGCUGCGUCUGCGCGAUGGCGUGGCGAUUCCACGCCAUCGACGCGACGCUGUCCCCGUGGCCGCGUCGGCUCGAUGGCGUGGAGGCUCACGAAGUCCACGCAAUAUAUCUAACCUAACUCACUGGUUGAUUUUCCACACAGGACACCGGCGGACCGCACGUUCCGCGCCAACGCGGCCGCCGCGCGGGAGAUCUUCCUGCCGUCGAGCGCGCCCUGCCUUGACGGGGGCGAUAUCACGCCGGCGGACCAGGCCGUGCCCCUCUUCGUGCUCGACGGCGUGAAGUUGAAGGAGGGGGAAGCUAGAGUCUUCAAGAUCUUCGAGCCGCGGUACAAGCUCAUGAUCAAGGAGUGCCUGGACAAGGGCCGGCCGCUGCUCGUCGUCGGCGCGACGGACGACGUCGGCUCGCUCUGCCGGGUAGGAGACGCCACCCACGACGUCGACGGCGGCUCAGUCGUCGUCCUCCACUGCGAACGAACUGUCAAGGCCGUCGAGCGGCGGGCGUCGCGCGCCGAGUUUGGGCUCGCGCGAGCGGACCUCGUCGCCUUCACGAACCCGUACCGCGCCCCGUGAAUUGUGUUAUAAACAAGCUAGUACC